AUGGCCACCGAAGCCACCGUGAAUGUGGCCUCCACUGAAUGCAAACCUGCUGUCAGCGCAGCAGCCGACGGCUUCAUUUGGCAGCCAAGCUCACUGGACAUGCACGUCAUAAGGCCCAAGUCCGCCAAGGGGCGUACACGGCCGAGCCUGCACAAACCCCAGGGUGCGGGGGCGUGCUCCCGUCGCGCACCAUCUUCUCCACCUCCAGCCAUUCCCUGCGAGUCACCAAGCAGCCAGAAACUAGGAACCCGUGCACCCAGAUCCCCAAAUCAGGGAGCUCCCGAUGAGGUCCCCGAGCUGCUGCAGCAGGUACCCAUAGGGGCUUCCUCUUCCCUCAAUAAAUACCCGGUCCUUCCUUCCAUCAACAGAAAGACCCUGGAGGAGGAGGCUGUGGAAACAGUUGCUAAAAGGGCUGACUCCCUGCAACUGAGCAGCAUCCAGACUCUUCACCAAAAGGAGACCUGCACCACAAAGACAAGCAAAGAGGAUUCCAGAGCUCCAGUUCAUUCCCCGGAGAAGGAACUCUUCGCCCAAACCAGGAGACAGACCCUCUCUAGGGCUGGAGUCCUGGAGGAACCAUCAGAUCAAGAGCCAAGGCUGCUGCUUGCGGUGAGAUCGCCAUCAGGCCGGAGGUUUGUUCGCCACUUCCGGCCAACCGAUGACUUGCAGACCAUUGUGGCUGUGGCUGAACACAAAAACAAGGCCACCUACCAACACUGCAGCAUUGAAACGAUGGAGGUGCCUAGGAGACGAUUCUCCGACCUCACCAAAUCUCUGCAAGAGUGCAGGAUCCCCCACAAGUCCGUGCUGGGCAUCUCGCAGGAAGACGGGGAGGGGUGGAACUGCGUCCACAGCCGUCCAGCUGGGGUUCUGGAUCUCUGAGCAGGGAGUGCGCUCAGGUGCCAUGGCCUCCCAGGCAGAUGGUUCCAGGUGCCAUGUGAGCCUGGUGCAGCUCUGAUUCUUGGGACUCUCGCCUUCACCGCAUCUCCUUGGAAGCAGUGAAAUGUAUGCAUGCACCAAGUGCCCUGAGAAGAUUCUCUUCUGGUUGUUAAAUUCUCAACACCCCUGGAGUGAACUGGUCAGUUACCAGGGCUGUUCCUAGAACAGCUGCGACUA